GGGUCACCCCCUUCCUUCCCCCUUCCCCUUCUCCUCUCAAAUAAUCCCACUUCUUUCCUUCAACCUUGUCUCUCCUUUGCAUUUCACUCUUCUUCUCCGAAUCUUAAAUCUUGUUUUCAUGACUUCUACUAAGCACGCCGCCAACUCCGUCGGCGGCAAGACUGCCAGAGCCUGCGACAGCUGCAUAAGGAAGCGAGCUCGUUGGUACUGUGCCGCCGACGAUGCUUUCCUCUGCCAGUCCUGUGACUCUCUGGUUCACUCCGCCAAUCAAUUGGCUCGUCGCCAUGAACGGCUCCGAUUAAAAACAGCGUCGUUGAAAUCAUCUUCCUCCUCCUCCUCCUCCGAUGUCCUUGUUUUAGCUGCCAUGGAUCUCUCUCUGGCUCCCUCAUGGCACCGAGGCAUCACCAAGAAGGCUCGCACUCCUCGACAUGGAAAGAAUAACCAGUCUUCCGCCGCACUUGAAACACCCAGAGGACGUUACGAACCCGCCAGAAAUCCUUUCCAUCUGGUUCCGGAAGUGGGUUCCGAUGAGUAUUCCAAUUCGCAUGAUGAAAACGAAGAGCAGCUUCUUUAUCGGGUACCCAUAUUCGAUCCGUUGGUGACCGAGCUAUGUACUCCUCCGUACUCUCUGACUUCGGCUAAAACAGCAACAACAGCAGCGACACCCGGUCGAAACCAGACGGACAAUAAAGAGACGAAGCAAGCAGAGAGCAAAGUCUCAUCGGCAAAUAAAAGCAAUAGCGGGGUGGACAAUUUACACGGGUUUCUUCCGACGGAAACGGAACUAGCACAGUUUGCUGCCGAUGUUGAGAGUUUACUGGGCAGGGGAUUAGACAAUGAGUGUAUAGGCAUGGACGAUUUGGGGCUAAUCGACACUAAAGAGAAGGAAUCAAGGGAGUGUUGUGCGGACAGUGAAAAAGUGAAGGUGGAGGAUGAAGAGAGCCCUUGUAAGGUCGAGACGACGAGCGAGAUGGAGAUGGAAAUCAGAGAACCGUUUGAAUUGAACUUCGACUACGACUCUCCGGCGACACGUGAACAGGCUGACGAGGAGGAGAAGAAGGUCGAUUUGGUUAUGGCUAAUGAGAUUAGAAACAACGAAGGAGAGCUCAGAGAAAAUAGCAAUCAGAGAAAGAAGAAGAAAAUACUGUUGCAGUUAGACUACGAAGCAGUCAUAUCCGCUUGGGCAUGUCAAAAAUCUCCAUGGACGAACGGUGGCAAACCAGACUUCGACCCCGACGAUUGUUGGCCGGAGUGCAUGAAACAGGGAACGUGUGGGCUGGAGCUUCAUCAACCCUACUAUGGAGAAAUGGGGACGUACGGUUGUCACGCGGGGAUCGGAGACGGAGGAAGGGAAGCGAGGGUGUCGAGGUACAGAGAGAAGAGGAGGACGAGGUUGUUCUCGAAGAAAAUUAGGUACGAGGUUCGCAAAUUGAAUGCUGAGAAGAGACCCAGAAUGAAAGGGAGGUUCGUAAAGAGAGCUUCGUUCACAGUCCCAGCACCAUCUUCGUUUCCUCUGCUCAGCAAAUGAAUCAAGUCAAAGCCUUUCUUUAAUUUUCAGCUUUGCUAACUACCUACUAGCUUCCCCUGCCAUUAAAUGUUGCGAUGCCCAUGGUUAUAAAUAUAUAGCUAUAUAUAUAUUCCAUCAUCUAUCAAACUUGAUGUGUACACAGUUCCGAUAUUAAUGAAUGAAUGAAUAAUUAAUGGAGUUUUUUGAAUUAUAUAA